CUUGCCGCAGCAUCGUGGUGGACUGCAGCCAUCGCGGUUCUUCCUUCCUCUGGCUACUGGACUGCUCGCCCGUCUCAAGGGGUCUCGCCAGACCAGAACCCCGCACCAGCCCUUUGAGCGACGGAUUUCCCCAUUGAUCAACAUGCAAAGCUUCCUCGCCUUCCUCCUCCUCCACCUCCUCGUCUCCGGCACGUGGGCAGGUACUAAGGAGGCAAAAUUCAUUAGAAUUUGGCCAGAAAAGGCUGUGGUGGAAUAUGGAGGCUCCAUUGUGUUAAAUUGCAGCUCCAACUGUGAGGGAAUUCGCCUUGAGAGCAACUUAAACAAGAUUUCCGCAGGAAAUGGGACGUCUUGGAAAGCCUUCAAUCUCACCAGUGUCAAUGACUGGGAGCCUGAAUCAUUGUGCUUUGCUCCAUCGUGCUCCUCAGUAGCACCUCCGCGUACAAAGAUCACCGUUUACAGCACUCCAGAAUUUGUAGUGCUGGACCCAGUACCAAAGAUGGAGGUGGGCAAAGAGUAUACCUUGACCUGCCAGGUUUCCCGUGUUGCCCCCAUCCGGAACCUCACUGUGACCUUGCUCAAAGGGCAAGAAACUCUUCUGGUGAAGACAUUUGAGAAUCACAUUAAUGUUAAAGCCGAUGAUGUAAUCGUGACCCACAACAUGACCGCUCAGCGGGCUGAUCAUGGCGAGAGGAUUACCUGCCACACAGCUCUGGAUCUGAGACCCGAAGGGCCGCUCUUUGAAAAGACAUCCAGCAGUCAAUCACUAAAGAAUGUUGUUUUUCCAGUGGAUCCCAGUCUCAAAACCCUACCUUCCAUUGAGACCAAUACCGAGAUGACUGUGACAUGUGAUGCGUCUGGAGUUUUUCCAGCUGAAGAGGCCCAGUUUGUAGUCUGGUUUGCAGAGGAGAGAAGGAACUUCAGCAGGAGUGUGUCUGGGGACACAGUGAGUGCCCAGGCUCUGGUGUCCACUUCAUCAGCAGGAGAACAUAAGUUGAUCUGCACAGUCUCUCUGGGACCAGUAACCAGAACUGUAGAGAAGAGAGUGGAUGUGUACAGUUUGCCCAAACCCAUCCUGAACGUUGACCCACAAAGGAGCCUCGUCAACGAAAGCGUGGUCAUUAAUUGCAGCUUGGAUGGCACGGAGUCCCCUGGUAUUGAAAUGCAGAUCAGAGAUGCCAAGGGAAUCUUAGCAACCGGAAGCCCUCCUUUCCUGAUGUUUCCGGUGAAAACGUGCGAAGAGGACGAUGGGAGGGAAUUCAUAUGCCGAGUAGAGUUGACGGUUGACGAUCGCCCGGUUGUAAAAGAGACAUCUGUAAACCUCAUUGUCUUCUAUGGACCGUGGAUGAACGAUUCUAGCUGCCCUGGUAUGUUGACUUGGCAGGAGGGCAGUGAAGAGACUUUUACCUGUUCAGCUUGGGGAAACCCACUGCCAAUGGUUGAAUGCAAGAAAGGUGACAAGGUUUACAACACUGGAGUUAAACAGCUGGUCAACGGAGGGCAUCAUGGCAUCUAUCAUUGCAUUGCCACCAAUGGAUUUGGCUCUGACGUUAGGAAUGUGACCAUACAUGUUGAACCUUCACAGCUCAACAUCCUUGCAAUCAUCCUACCAACUCUUGUGGCGGUUAUUGGUCUUGUGGCUGCAGUGAGCUAUUAUAUGUAUUACCGAAGCUAUAAAAUCGGGGAAUACCGCCUAAGGAAGCAGCAGCAGCAGCAGCAGCGGCAGCAAGAAGCAGGAUGCCCCAUGGAGCAAAAAUGCCUGAAUGGCAACGCACAUAAUGAGACCGUCUAAGUGGACAGGUGGCUGCUAGGAACGGAAGAGGAACUUGGCCCCAUUCCAGCAAAGGUGUAGCGGCUAUCAGCGAUCGUCACCCCACCUAGCUGGGGGCAUAAAGUGGAAAACCAUUCCUCAGGUACGGAACAACAGAUGAGCAGUGCUCUAAUUGGACGUAGCCUUAGAGAUUUCUGCACUUCCAGACAAUGGUCAGUAGCAUUCACUACAAAAGAUGGGUGGGAGAGACUUGUGCCUCAUGUCUUCUUCUUAAGACCCUCCUCUUCCACCCAAGAAUUUCCUCCAGAUUCUUAGCUCAAGAGGUGUUGAGACAGUUGUGGAUGAUUUGAAAGAGUUCUGACGGCAUUCAGUAACUCAGCGGGAAGCGACACUAGGAGAGACCAGGUUGGUGCACUGGAGAGGAAAAACCAGCGCUGGCUUCUUCUCCCAGUAAUGGACAAUCCAGUACUAAACUUUGAUUUCCUGCCAUGUGAAGUGUCUGCCCUGAACCUUUUUGUACCAUCAGAUUUAUUGGGAUUAUCAGUGGGCAAGGACAUGAUCUCACAUUGCGUUUCAGAAAGAAUGUCUAUUUCUGGAGCUAUUCACUAGCAGACUUUUCACAACGCAAGCCAAGAAAAGCCACAUUUCUUCCAUCGCAUGUGAUCAAGUGGCAGGAAGCCUGGAUGGUUUUCUGCUUUGUCUCCUGGUCCGCAAACUCGGGAUUAUCUUGUUCAAAGAUAUGACUCUAAGUCGACUCACAUUUAUGAAUGUCAGCCUGAACUCUGACAUGAAGCUUUUCCUAACCAGGGGAGCCUUUGGAUACUGAAAUGAACUGCAAUAAACAAAGGGCGUGGAGCAGGCCCAAGUCACCCGCUGCAGCUGAAAAUAACAUCCUCUUUAAGGUGAAGGGUAGGUCUUAAAAUGAGGGAUGUUGGGUCAUGCCCAGUUUUCCCACACCUCUGCUGGUAUAAAAGCAUCAGAAUCAGUUCAGGUUUUUUUCUACACAUGAAGCUUUUCUACACG